AUGAUUCAGGAAAUUGCGGAAGAAUACCCGUUCGAGCGUAAUGCUCGUCUCGUUGGCAACGAAAGUUGCACCGCAGGCGCCAUCUCUAGACUUGGCUGGCUGGUUUCUGGAGGGAUAUUGGCCACUGGGGCGUUUUAUGUUCGUCUUGUGUUGGUUUGCCAUGCUGAUAUCUGUUGGUUGCAGAAGCAUCCCUGGUCUUUGGAUUUUGGGUCCAAGCUAAUGUUUGCUUUUGCUCGUCUUUGUCAGGUUGGGCUGUUGGUGUUGGCUGCAAUAUGGGUGUGGGCCGAUAUCUUGUUGGAAGACGUGGCAGUGGUCAAAAGUUAUCCUGCGAAUGUGGCAUUAAUAUGUGGGAAUUUAGGGGCACUAUUUGAUGCGCAAUCAAGUGAAGGCGCGGGAAAAAAGAGAGCCUCUAGUUCUGGACUUGGGGUAAACGUAAUCCAAACAAGAGAGAUCUCUGGCCGUGAGUCACAAGUCAGGCCGCGGAAUGAGCAGAAAUGUCUGCCCCUCUUUCUUGUUGUGUCGCCGUCCUCUGCCACCCCUUCCAUCUCCAAGAUCUGCAGGGCUCCCUCUUUCCUCUCUCAUAAUCAUAAUCACUCUUUUUUAUUGCGAGUUGCCAAUGAUGCCGAUAAGAUUGUUGACGGUAUCGACUUCGGUGAACUAUGCAAUGACUUCGAGUGCAUCAGCAGCCCCUUGGUGGAAUCUACAUCAAGACAACUUGCUCGCGAUAUACUUGAACUUCGGGAUGAUAACAGAGCUUUUGCAACUUUGGCUAUUUCCGUCAAAUACAGGGAUCCUUUGAGGAGCUUUAUUGGUCGCGACAAGUACAGAAGACCGCUAUGGGCCAGGGAUGCCCUGAACGAUCCCUCUGUGAGCUUGCAGGAAAUGGUGAUGCUGUCGACCAGUGUACUCUGUAUCAAGUGGACAAUUAGAGGGAAGCCUAAAUCUUUAAUUGGUGGAGUGGCGGGGGAUCUGAUACUAAGGGUUACUUCCCAAUUUACUCUUAACCAAAUUAGUGGUCAAGUCAUUGAGCAUGAAGAAUUCUGGGAUUUAUCUGCUUCGCCCGCUGUUGCUCAGGUAUUUUUCUGGACAUCCCGUGCGCUUUUUGCUGCCGUUGAAUCUGGAAAAGAUUUUCUAGAUAUCGCCAAAGACAUGAGUAAUCGCCUUCCAACCAAAAAAGGCGACAUAGAGAUUGAUCCAGAUCCAUCUCCUGAUCCAACCAAGUUCUUCCAGAGGGACGACAGCUUUCAGCGAGACGCAUACCAGAUUGCACUAUUUCUGGCAGUUCUUUAUUUUCUAGUUCAAUUUCUGAGGACAACUUUGUAAAGCCUGCCUUGUCAAUACUAAUCUAUCCAAAAAUUAUCAUAAUAACUAAAAUUGCAAGCCUGUAUUCCUGAGA